UUGCAUUUUGAACUCCCAAACCAAAGACCCAAAUUCCUUUUAAGUUCCAUACGUCCAAACAAAGUUUGAGAACUGAACUGCAAAGCUGACAUUCAAGAAAAGGUGGAAACUUUCUUUCUUGCUCAUCCAAAAUUUUCACCUGUGAAAGGAAAAUAUUAAAGCAAGAAAAUGAAUAGUUCAUCACCCGCGAGCUCAUCACUAUCAACAACAGCAAUCGUUGGAGGAGCAGCAAGUGCCACUAAUGCUGCUUUGGAGGAUUUCCAUUUCCCUUCUGAUCGUAUCCCUAUCCAAGACCCCAAGGAUGAGGCCAUGCUUGUUCUAAAAUCUGAUUUGAUGGCUGCACUUAACGAAAAGGUUAAAUCAUUGGAUGAAGAUAACUGGAAGUUUGAAGGUCCUCGUUCCCGCAUCCACCUGAUAUCAAGACCAGGUGGAUUUCUACAGAAGCAGAUGGAGUUCACAAAGAAUCGGUGCAUGUCCCCGCAAAAAUGAUUUAAGAUUUAUUGAUAGUGAAGUUCAUAGCGAAGACAUCUGGCAUGGCCAUCAACAACUUGAUUAUAUUUGUUCAUUGCUGAACUUCAUUAUGGAUUUAUGGCUACAAGUAUAACCUUUGUAACUGUUGAAAAUAAACGGGACAAAAUUUUCUUUCCGUUUGAUAUUUGAAUACUCCUGAAAUGAAUCAUUUAAGCAGUAGUCUGUUGCAGUGUGGAAUUCAGUUCGUGUUU